GUAACCCUUACCCAAUAUGGCCGCACCGGCGUCGCUUGAACAAAAUUUUUAAGAAUCAAAAUGUUCAUUUCCCCUCCUUCCCCCACUGAUCCCCAUAGAGACGCGGCGGGGGUGGCGGAGGUUGGAACGGCAGCCAGCCAUGGAGAGAUACCGGCGCAUUCGGCUCGUGGGGAAGGGCAGCUACGGGGAGGUCUACCUCGUGCAGUGCCUGGAGGAACGCAGCAAGAAGCAGUUUGUCAUCAAGCACCUGAGCCUGGCUUCUGCGUCGGCGCGAGAACGCAAGGCUGCUGAGCAGGAGGCGAAUCUCCUCUCGUCUCUGCGCCAUCCCAACAUCGUCACAUACCGCGAAUCGUGGGAGGAGGGCGGCUGCCUCCACAUUGUCAUGGGUUUCUGCGAGGGCGGCGACCUCUAUCAUCGCCUGCGCCAGCAGAACGGCCAGCUGCUGCCCGAGCCGCAGAUCGUGCAGUGGUUCGUGCAAAUCGCCAUGGCGCUGAAGUACCUGCACGACAACAGCAUCCUGCACCGGGACCUAAAGACGCAGAACAUCUUCCUGACACGCGGGGAUGUGAUUAAGGUGGGCGACCUGGGCAUCGCACGUGUGCUGGACGAGCCGGCGGCCAUGGCGAACACGCUGAUCGGCACGCCGUACUACAUGAGCCCCGAGCUCUUCCAGAACCAGCCGUACAACUACAAGUCGGAUGUGUGGGCGCUGGGCUGCUGUGCGGUGGAGAUGGCCACGCUGAGACAUGCGUUCAACGCGCGCGACAUGAACGCCCUCGUGCUCAAAGUGGUCAAGGGCAAGAUUCCCACACUACCACCGCAGUACAGCCGUGAGCUGGGCGAACUAAUCGUGUCGAUGCUGAGCCGCUCCCCCGAUGAGCGACCUGGUCUCCAACACAUCCUCAAGCGGCAGUUCAUCCGCAAGCACAUCAGUGACUUCCUCCAAAAGAUGGAGGCUGAGCACAAGCGUGGCGGACGCAGCGCCGCUAGGAAACCCCGGGAGCGAGCGGAAAAGGCUCCAUCGCAAUCGCAGCCCAGCGUCAAGGUCUCCAUGGAGACGGGAGACUCGUGUGUCCCCAUAGCAACCAUCUCCAACGUGGAGCUGCAGUUGGGGUCCCUGGGGAAUGGGCCAUGGGGUGACAAGGAGGACAAAGGGGGACCCCCCCUGGAUAAGCAGAAGGGGAGGAGGAGGGGGAGCAGCCCCAGCAGCGAUUCCGCGAUUCACCCCAUAUCUGACCCCAACUCCAAAAUGAACCCAAACCGUAAACCCAAACCUAACCCCAACCCUGAAACCAGCUCAAACCCUGUUGCGAAGCGGAACCCGACCCCCACACCAAAGGUCGCCAAUCCCCUCCUCCCCACAGCCACCGCAACCCCCAACCCGACCCGUGACCCCGACCCCGACCUCGACCCCAAACCUCGGCCAACUCCUAACACCGGGCAACGACCUCACUCUACGCGCACAGAGGCCUCGGGCUGUUGCACCAGUGACCCCGUCACCCCUCCUGUCGCGACACCUCCUGCCGCGACACCUCCUGUCGCGACCCCUCCUGUCGCAACACCUCCUGUCGCGACACCGCCUGUCGCGACACCGCCUGCCGUGCCAUCCCAGGGCGUGCCUGCACCGAGCCACAGGAGUGUGGCGAGGGAGAGGAGGCGGCAGAGGAAACUGCAGGAGGAGCAGCAACACGUGCCACUGGUUGUCCAGCACCGCCCACUCGUGUCGCUUGGCCCAGCCCCCGCAGCUCCCCCAGCCCCCGCAGCCCACCCCACCACUCAACCCAGAGUCCCGGCGGCCGUGGUGAGCGAGAGCCAGAGGGAGAGUGGCCUUGGCUCCCUCGUCUCCGAUGAGGAUGAUGACGACGAGGCAUCUGCCUCAAGAGGCAGUGUGGCAGGAUCAAAGGACAGCUGUGGCCGGCAGAGCAGUGCGGGGUCCUGUGACGUGCAGGAUCUCAUGGAGGCCAUGACGCUUACGCUGAAGAUGGAGCCUCGCGGCGCUCCGCCCAUCACCAAUGGCCACACGCCGCUGGCGGCCUCCCAGAAUGCCAUGCGGGGGUUCCACAGGAAGUUCCAGGACACGCUGGUGCUCAAGGGCAAAGCACCAGAUCCCUCUACCUUCCUCCUCACCCUGUCUCCCGAGAGCGGCGCGAGGUCGGGCCGUGUGCAGCAGCAGCUGCUGUGCCUGCGCAAGGAGCUGCUGCCGGCGCUGCACUGGGAGACGCUGGAGGCAGCGUACGCCAUCCUCGACUCGGAGCACCAGCAGCAGGAGAAGCUCAUCGAGCUGCUGGGGGAGGCACGGUUCAGGGAAUUCGGUGAGAAAAUAUGGAGGCUCAAGUUUUUCGAAGAGAUGAUGGACAUUGGCCCCUGACUCCCCGAUCCUCAAAACUACGACCCCCGCGAACAUCCUGCCACCUUGCGCUGCGACUGCCGAUUCCUGACCGCCGAGGUAGCGGACGAGCAAUCGAUGACUCGCCGGUAUCACGCGAUGAGUUGGCGAGAAA